GCAAAGGGAAAAAGAACAUUAAGGCCAUUUUUACAACCAAUGGAAUGCACAACUGGGGGAGCUAAAUUAAUUCAUGAGUUUCUAUACAUGCCAGAAUGCCCCCUACCUUUACUGGGGUGAGAUUUAUUAUGCAAACUAAAUGCACAAGUAACCUUUUCUAAGAAUGCUGUACAGCUCCAUAUCCCACCUGAAACUGCCUGGAGAGCUCAGAUCUGCUUGCUGACAGAUGAAACAUCAGAAGAAACUGAAGAGAAUAUUCCAGAUGCUGUAUUAAAUGCAGUAAUUCCCCUGGUAUGGGCUUCAAAAAACCCAGGUAAAGCAAAAAAUGUGAGUCCGAUUAAAGUAGAACUAAAAGAGGGGGCAAAACCAGUAAGGGUGCAUCAAUAUCCUAUUAGGCUGGAAGCUCGCAAGGGCCUCGAAGCCCUGAUAAAUACCUUUAUUCAAUAUGGACUGCUCAGAGAAUGUCAAUCUGAAUACAAUACACCGAUUUUACCAGUGAGAAAGCCUCACUCCCAGGAUUACCGAUUAGUGCAGGACUUGAGGGCUAUAAAUCAGAUAACGAAAGAUAUACAUCCUACGGUGUCCAACCCUUAUACUUUGUUAGCUUCUGUACCUGAAAACAAUGCCUAUUUUACAGUGUUGGACCUAAAAGAUGUCGCCUUCUGCAUUCCAGUGGAUGAACAGAGUCAAACACUCUUCGCUUUUGAAUGAGAGGAUCCAACUACUGGAAGGAAAGGACAACUGUGUUGGACCGUUCUUCCCCAGGGUUUUAAAAAUAGUCCCACUUUGUUUGGUGAAGUACUGGCCAAAGAAUUAGAACAAUGGCGUACUAAUAAUGAUAAUGUUACUCUCUUACAGUAUGUGGAUGAUAUCUUAAUUGGAGCAGAUACUGAACAGACUUGUACUGAAGCUACAGUAAGCCUGCUAAACUUUCUGGGACUGGCUGGAUACAGGGUCUCGAAGAAGAAGGCCCAAAUUGCUAAGGAGCAAGUCCGGUAUCUUGGUUUUAAUAUAUCAAAAGGACAACGAGCACUAGGGGAAGAAAGGACGGAGGCUAUAUGCCGAAUAGCAGUACCAAAACCAAAAAAGCAGCUAAGGGGGUUUCUGGGAAUGGCCGGAUUCUGCCGGAUGUGGAUCCCCAAUUUUGGACUCCUAGCCAAACCCUUAUAUGCAGCCACAAAGGGACCGGGGGGGUUGUUAGAAUGGACUCCAGAGUGUCAGAGUAGUUUUGAUGAAAUUAAAAGAAAAUUGAUGGAAGCCCCAGCCUUGGGCCUCCCUGAUCUGACAAAACCUUUUCAGUUAUAUGUGCAUGAGAGACAGCAAGUGGCCUCUGGGGUAAUGACUCAGACGCUUGGAAAUUGGAAAAGGCCAGUAGCCUAUUUUUCGAAACAAUUAGAUGAAGUGAGUAAAGGAUGGCCGGCUUGCCUUCGAGAUGUAGCCGCCACUGCUCUGCUAAUCCAGGAAGCCCGGAAGCUCACUUUGGGACAACCAAUAACAGUAUUAGUCCCACAUGCAGUGAUGGCUAUUUUAAACCAAAAAGGACACUAUUGGAUUUCUCCAAACAGACUGGCCAAAUACCAAGCUAUGCUAAUUGAUCAUGAAGACGUCACUCUUAAGUGUGAUGUAAAAAGAGGAAUAGCCCCUGGGGAAUACUGGCAAAUAGAUUUCUCUGAAUUACCAAAGUGCAGACAGUAUAAGUAUCUACUUGUUUUAGUGGAUACAUUUUCUGGAUGGCCUGAGGCUUUCCCUUGUCGCAACAAUCGGGCUAGGGAAGUAAUUAGGAUACUACUAAAAGAAAUAAUCCCCAGAUUUGGAGUACCUGAGGGAUUAUCCUCAGACAAAGGACCUCACUUUAUUUCGGAAAUAAUCCAGGGGGUAUCUAAAUUCCUUGGGAUGAAGCGGGAUCUGCAUACCCCUUGGAGACCACAGUCCAGUGGGAAGGUAGAAAGGAUGAAUCAGACCCUUAAAAGACAAAUCUCUAAAUUAGGUCAAGAAACCCAACUGAAAUGGGUAGACAUUCUACCGAUUGCCUUGAUGAGAAUUAGGAUUACUCCUCGAGUGAGGGAAGGGAUAAGCCCCUUUGAAAUACUGUAUGGAAAACCGUAUCCCGUCACUGAGGUGGGUAACCGGAGUGAUCAGAUACACAUUAAAGGUGAAGAAAUUUUAAAAGAUUAUUUGCUCUCUCUCGCGCGGGUAUUAUCCUCUUUACACAGAUAUCUCAACCAGCGGGCUCCGCUUCCUUUGGACUCUCCGGUACAUAACUUUAAGCCCGGAGAUCUGGUUUACAUCCGGACCUGGAAAGAUGAACCACUAAAAGAAAAAUGGAAGGGACCUUACCUCGUGCUCUUGACCACAUACACCACAGUAAAAGUAGAAGGGAUUAGCUCCUGGAUCCACUAUACGAGGGUGAAGGAAGCUCCCCCAGAGGAAUCGUGGACACCGGUAUCAACAGGAGCACUGAAGCUAAGAUUUUCUAAAAACUCUACGGGCUAA